AACUUCCGUUCUUCUACUAGGAAGUUAACGCAACAGCAGUCAUUUUAAGUUCUGUUUCUCUUUUCUUUUUUAAGUUUUUAAUCUUUUAAAUUUAGGAGAAUGUCAGUAAAUCACCUACUCUUAUUGCUUCUUUUUCUUCUGACCUUCGAAACAGGGUUCAGUGCUGAAAUCCCUGUGUUUGUUAAGACGGGGGCUUCUGUUCAACUGGAUAUACAGACUCAGGAACUAAAGUUUAUUCUUUUAUCCUGGAGCAAUGAUAAAUCAGAGAAUAUAAUUGCAUAUGUAAAUGGACAGAAGGAAGUAACCCGUCACCCUUCCUACGAGGACAGAGUGGAUUUCAAUCAUAAAACCUUUUCUCUGAUACUGAAGAACAUGCAGAAGAAUGACAGUGGACUCUACACAGCAAAAAUAAGUGGAUUACAGAACAAAGACAUUGCCAAAUACAGAGUAGCCGUUAUAGAUGCCGUGGAGGCUCCUGUCCUGACUGUGAACUCAAACUGGAUCAGUGGUAACUUCUGUACUGUGAACUUCACAUGCAGAACUAUUGAGCUCAUGAUUAACUCUAGAUAUCAGAACAACAGCUGCUCUCCAGAGGAAGUGACAGCACAUGAAAACAACACUCUCAACCUGAACUGCAGUCAGAAAACCAUAAUCUGUAAACACAGCAACCCUGUCAGCUGGAAAGAAAACAGAAUAAAUAUUACACAGCUCUGUGAUGAUAAUAAAGAGAAAAUUUCAACAAAUAUCCAGAGUAAUUCACUUCUCCUGGGGCUAGGAGCUGGUUUGGUGGUAGCGUGCAUUGCAAUAUUAUGCAUUGCAAUCUUUCUGUACUGCAAGUGUAAGAAAGGUCCCCAGGAGGAGGUAGUAGAAGGUAGUACAGUCUAUGCUCAAGUUGAGACAUUUCAGGGUCAGGAAAUGAACAGUGACGGCAAUACAUAUGAUACUCCAGACAGAGUUCAAGCCCAGAAACAAAAGGAAGCUGGAGACAAACAGCCUGAAACAACCUACUGCACAGUAGGACAACACCAAAAACCAACAAUCCCCCCUGAAACAGACCAUACAAUUUAUGCAAUGGUGUGUAAACUACCAACCAAGGACACACCUGCCAAUUCAUCAGAUGACACUUCAAAAUAAACUGUGGGAAGUUGUCACAAGGCCUGAUUACAAAAUGGCAUCUUACCCUUACUUUUUCAGCCAUAUUUUUAUGUGGUAGACAUAAUGCGAACAACAUGCUAAUAUGUGACCCUGGACCACAAAACCAGUCAUAAGUGUAAAUUUAUACAAAAUGAUGGUGCAAAAAAAUCUAAAUACUUAGAAAAAUCACCUUUAAAGUUGUCCAAAUAAGGUUCAUAGUAAUGUAUAUUACUAAUAAAAAAAAUUUAAAUUUUGAUAUAUUUACUGUUGGAAAUUUACAAAAUAUCUUCCUGGAACAUGAUCUUUACUUAAUAUCCUAAUGAUUUUUGGCAUAAAAGAAAAAAAAAAAAAAAAGAUUUUACCCAUCAGAUGCAUUUUUGGCUAUUGCUACAAAUAUGCCUGUGCAACACAAGACUGGUUUUGUGGUCCAGGGUCACAUAUGUUAUUUAGAAAUUCAGCCAAGGAUGUCCAAUUAAGGUGUGCUUUCUCUAACUCUAGUUUAAAAUUAGUCAGACAUCCAGGACCAAACGGUUUUACUUUUUUCUGUAUGAAUGUGAAUUAUAGCCUAAAUUUGAUUUGUCGAUUUUAAUAUUAACUGUAGUAAACUGUAACAACUAACCCCACAUGGGAAUUCAGUAUAGUAGUUUAAUAUAAUAUUUACCUCACCUCCCAUGUUAUAGUUAACAUUUCAAUUCUCGGCUUAAGCUGGGCUCUUAUUUUUUAUGUUUUUGUA